UCGAAGACUCUUGAAGAUUUUUAAAAAAUUAUUUUAUAUCUAUUUACAUAUAGUUAAUUGUAAAUUUAAAUCCGUGUCUGUUUGACGCCUACUUGACACAAUCAGUUGCGUCGUUGAUAAAAACUGCAACGUGUACAUUUAGUCAAACUAUUUAAUCGAAGCAAUUUCAAGAUGAUAGCAUCGGAAAUUGGCUCCACCAAUGCUGAAUCUGUGCAAAUCAGGGUCACAAGUGAAAAAGCUCCGUUGAUUCAUGGCAGGGGUGUGUUUCAACGAUUAAGUAAUAUCUUUAAGAUCGGAAGGCCGGCACAUUCCGAGGGAGAUGGCUAUGUUGAAUUUGGUAGUCUCGGUGUGGACAGCACUCGUACAUUGGGAACCUUUGCUGGUGUAUUCAGCCCGGUUACAUUGUCUAUGUUUAGUGCCUUAGUUUUUAUACGAAUGGGAUAUAUUGUGGGCAAUGCAGGUUUACUCGUGACUCUAGCUCAGUUUAUCAUAGCAUAUGGCAUUUUGCUGUUCACAGUUGCAUCUGUCUGUGCUAUAUCGACAAAUGGUGCUGUAGAAGGUGGUGGUGCUUACUUUAUGAUCAGUCGUACAUUAGGGCCUGAAUUCGGCGGCUCCAUCGGCACUCUCUUUUUCAUGGCCAAUGUAGUAAGCAGUGCACUUUGUAUCUCUGGAUGCGCCGAGGGCUUGGUUGAGAAUUUUGGUCCAUCCGGUUACUUGAGUGGGAAAGCUGGACUCAUACCGGACGGUCGAUGGUGGAGAUUUUUAUAUUGUUCUAUAUUAAACACCGCCAAUCUUGUGGUAUGUCUUAUCGGAGCUGCAAUGUUCGCGAAAACCAGUGUCGCGAUCCUGGCGGUCGUCUGCAUCUGUUUGGGUAGCGUUUUUAUCAGUUUUUUAACACAAGGCGCAAUGGAGAUACCGAUUCCAGAUGCAAAUACGUUGGUGCAAAAUGCAACGUACCACGUAAACGGAAGUUACACGGGUCUUCUGUCUUCUACACUUUCCAGCAAUCUUUAUUCAAAUUACAGCGCCGAUUAUUCCAGCGGAGGAACUUUGACAGAUUUUGCGAGCGUUUUUGGUGUAUUGUUCAGCGGUGUGACUGGAAUAAUGGCCGGAGCCAAUAUGAGCGGUGAACUGAAAAAUCCUGGUAGAAAUAUUCCGCGAGGGACAUUAUCCGCAGUGGUAUUCACCUUUAUAUGCUACAUUCUGCUGUCUGUGUUCACGGCAGCUACCACCACUCGAUUUUUACUGCAAAACAACUUUAUAUACAUGAUGCCAAUCAAUCUUUGGCCACCGUUUGUCGCCGUCGGCAUUCUCACAGCAACUUUCAGCGCUGGUUUAAGCAAUUUGAUAGGUUCCAGUCGAGUACUGGAGGCAUUGGCCAAAGAUAACGUAUUUGGCUCCGGAUUGAAUUUUAUAAUACAAGGUACGUGGCGUGGCAAUCCGAUAGCAGCGGUGUUAACUUCAUGGACUUUGGUCCAGAUAAUCUUACUCAUCGGCUCGCUGAAUGCUAUUGCUCAGAUUAAUUCAGUGCUAUUCCUCUUGAGUUACCUCGCCACCAAUCUUGCGUGUCUUGGACUGGAACUCGCUAGUGCACCAAACUUCAGACCAACAUUUAAUUACUUCACAUGGCACACGGCGACUAUAGGUCUUCUUGGAACGCUAAUAAUGAUGUUCGUAAUCAACAGUAUUUACGCUUCCAGCAGUAUAAUACUGUGCUUGAUUUUGAUUAUCGUGCUGCAUUUAUUCUCGCCGAGUAAGAACGCGCCGUGGGGCAGCAUUUCUCAGGCGUUGAUAUUCCACCAAGUCAGAAAGUACUUGCUGAUGUUGGACUCGCGCAAGGAUCACGUCAAAUUCUGGCGUCCGCAGAUGCUGUUAAUGGUCGCAUCCCCGCGCUCCGCCUGCCCCCUCAUCGAUUUCGUGAAUGACUUGAAGAAAGGAGGACUUUACGUCGUCGGGCAUGUGAAGGUUGGCGAAUUCACGGGUCAGAGCAGCGAUCCUACGAUAGAGGAAUAUCCGCAUUGGCUGAGCUUGGUUGAUCACUUGAGAGUCAAAGCGUUUGUCGAACUGACCGUAACAAAAACGGUGCGCGAGGGCAUGCAGCAUUUAAUCAGAAUAUCCGGAAUGGGCGCGAUGAAGCCGAACACGAUCGUCCUCGGCUUUUACGAUGAAGAAACGCCGCGGAACUUUUUCCUGGAUUCUCAGUACGCGACGACGAUGUUCGAAAAUGUCACGACGCCUCCGAAUAAUACCGUAUUUCCUCUGAGACAGGCGACGGGUGAGAAAAAUCUGGACCCGGUGCAAUACGUUGGCAUGUGCUCGGAUGUUCUGCGAAUGAAGAAGAAUUUGUGUCUGUGCAGAAACUUCCAUUUGUUGAACAAAGCGCAGUUAACGAAAAAUUCAAAUUUGAAGUACAUCGAUGUGUGGCCCGUCAACUUCUUCCAACCGACCGAUCAAGAUCCGUUUGACACAACGUCGCUGUUUAUGCUUCAACUCGCGUGCAUCAUCAAUAUGGUGCCAAGCUGGAAGAAUUUACAUCUUCGAGUGUUCCAUUGCGAAACCGGAGAUAGCAGCGAAAGCAUGAGUAUCUCGGACUCCCACAAUUCGAUCAGCGAAUAUCCAAGAAUCUCGAACGAGCACAGAAUUCGCAAAUCCUUAAAUUUGCUGAGAAUCUCCGCAUCGAUUAAGAAGAUCCCGGAAUGGGCAGAGCAAAUUCGUGGACUGCAGGGCAGAUCGUUGCUCGAGCCGAAAAGUCAAUACGAAUCAAGUUCAGAAUCCAAUAACGCUUUGAGUAACAUGUCGCGAGCUUAUGUAUUGGGCGUCAAUCAACUGAUAAGGCAUUAUUCCUCUCAAACCGCGACGACGUUCAUCUAUCUUCCCGCGCCGCCAGUUUCCAACACUUGGGACGAGGACGACAUGUAUCAACAGUACUUGCAGUUGCUGACGGAAUUAACUGUGGACUUACCACCGACAGUUUUAGUUCAUGGUGUUAGCGCCGUCACAUCAACCACUUUAUAACAAAGCGUACGAGUAGAUGUGGAAAAGUUUAAUAUUCUUGAUUGAUAGAAAGAGAAGCAAAUUUUUGAUUAUUAUAUGUACGAGUGUUAUAACUUGAGUUAGGAUGUUAACACAUUCGCCGCUAAGCGUAUUUUUAGUUGAUUUUCCGUUACUUGGAUUCUUUUAUAUCCAAGAAGACCAAUGAAUAAUUAUUUGCAAUAUUUUAAUAGAUAUAAAUAUUAAUUUGUUUGCAAUACAUUUUAUUCAUUAUGCUUUUCUACUAUUAUUAAACAUAGGCAUAUACUUGCAAAUGUAAUUGCAUAGAAGAUUCAGUGCUGGCGGUGAAUGUGUUAAUUUGAGACAGCUAUCAUUGUAUUGAAUGCACAGAGAAUCCAGGAUAACUAAUUUAUUUUAUUUCUAUUGUUAAUAUUUAAUUUGCUAAUUUUAACAAUUGUAAUAGUAUCAUAGCAUCGCGAUAUGGCAAUAUGGGUAUGCAAUAUAAAUAUCAGCUUUAGAUCAGUAGAACAAGCUUUAUCACGUCCAAACAAAAGUUUAAUACUAUAAGCACUGAAAUUUAUUACUGUGAUAACAAAUGUAUUGUAUAAGAGAUUCUCCAAAAAAACGAAUAUUUUUUAAAAGUGACGACUAGAAUGGUCCUAAAACUGUGUAAAUACAUCUUAAUAUAUUUCAUACUAUUUCUCUAUCGU